CACCCUGUCUUACUUGACGCUUGCAUGAACAGUAGUGUGUUGGGUUGCAGGGGUGUCGCAGUUUGAUUCAGAACAAUUUCGUAAUUCAUCAGCAUCUCUGAAGAAGGAAGUGCAGCCAUGGCCCAGGGACUUAAGGAAAGAUUCGAAAAGUUUCUCCAUGAAAAGAACCUCAUGACAGAUGUUCUGGCCAAAGUCGAGGCCAGAACCGGAGUGAGCAGGACGUACCUCGCUCUGGCUGUCGUCGGUAUCAUCGCAGUCUACUUGGUCAUCGGUUACGGAGCCUCCCUACUGUGUAACCUCAUCGGCUUUCUGUACCCAGCAUACAUAUCGAUAAAGGCCAUUGAAAGUGCCACCAAAGAGGAUGAUACUAAAUGGCUGACCUACUGGGUGGUGUAUGGACUCUUCAGUGUUGCAGAGUUUUUUGCUGAUAUCUUCCUCUCCUGGUUCCCAUUCUACUAUUUUGGAAAGUGUGCCUUCUUGGUGUGGUGCAUGGCUCCGACUGCCUCCAAUGGAUCAGUCCAGAUUUAUAACCGCAUCAUUCGACCCUUCUUCCUCAAAAACGAGGCCAAGAUUGACGACGCGGUGAAGAAUCUCAAGGACAAGGCAUCAGAAGCUGCCGACAAAAUCAAAGAUGAGGUCAGUUUACUUAUUUAACUUUAACUUUGCCUUCUGGGAGGAGGGGUCCGAUCCGGUUUAAGAAUCAAAUAAAACCAACUUGCUGA